CUUUACCAGGUAGGAUUCAAAUUGGAGAGAGAGAGAGAGUCAAUUAUUUGCAUAAAUAUGAAAACCAAUGGUCUUCACGAUUGAUCGGCUCGUUUUCCGGCGAGAAAAUCUUCGUCGUUGACAUCUCUCUCUCUCUCUUUCUAGCCGGCGCGUGCGUUCUUCGUAUCGCCGUGUGGUGUGUUGAAUCGGCGAGGACAGGCGGAGAUGGCGAUUCUGUACGCGCUCGUGGCGCGUGGGACGGUUGUGCUUGCGGAGUUCAGCUCGACGUCGACGAACGCCAGCUCGAUCGCGAAGCAGAUCCUCGAGAAGAUACCCGGCAACAACGACAGCCACGUCUCCUACUCUCAGGAUCGCUACGUCUUCCACGUGAAGCGCACCGAUGGCCUCACCGUCCUCUGUAUGGCCGACGAAGCAGCCGGAAGGAGAAUUCCAUUUGCGUUUCUGGAGGAUAUUCACCAGAGAUUUGUGAGGACUUAUGGCAGAGCGGUUUUUUCAGCUCAAGCAUACGCCAUGAAUGAUGAAUUCUCGAGGGUUCUGGGUCAGCAGAUCGAGUAUUAUUCUAAUGAUCCAAAUGCCGACAGGAUCACUCGGAUUAAGGGUGAAAUGAGUCAGGUGCGGAAUAUAAUGAUAGAGAACAUUGACAAAGUUCUUGAUAGAGGGGAACGGCUGGAGUUGCUGGUCGACAAAACCGCCCACAUGCAGGGAAAUACCUUCCGCUUCAGAAAACAAGCACGCCGCUUCAGAAACACCGUGUGGUGGAGAAAUUGCAAGCUCACGUUCCUAUUGAUACUACUGCUGUUGGUGGUCAUAUACAUCGUUGUGGCCUUUGUCUGCCAUGGACCGACUCUGCCAUCCUGCAUCAAGUAACAACAAAUAAUAACCUUUAUUUCGACAUUAUGCUGCGCUUUUCCUUGUUCCUCAACUCGCCAUUCCGUGUGAUGUUAUUCUUAUUUAUAUUUUAUAUAGUCGCAUGUGAAAGUUGAUUGAUUUUGCAAGCGUUGCCAUUUGUGACUGAGAUUUCUAGAACGGUUUGCUUUUAUUAUACACGUUUCAUGCCAA